AUGCCUUCAGACAUCGUCACUGGCAGUGAGAACGGCAAAUUUGCCUUGCGUGGCCUCCUACAAGGUCAUAGAGGUCCAGUUGCGGCUGUAGCUGCUCAUCCUUUGGGGAUGUAUGUUGCCUCUGGUGGAAAACAAGGAACUCUCAUUUGGGACUUGCAAACGCACGAACUGUUGGUGUCUCCAAGCAGAGCAGCUAAUCGAGGUGCCACGCUCGCCAUUGCUUGGAUAACGCGUCUGGACGAUCCAGAUGAGGGAGUUGCCUUUGGAACAGCUCAGGGUUACCUGUGCGUUUGGAAAAGAACAAGGGGAGAGACAAGCUUUAGGGAAGUUUUUUGCGAUGAACUAGCCGGCGGUGUGGACGGCCAGGAGAUUUCCGCCAUCGCAUACGACACGAAGGCCAACCAGCUGGCCAUUGUUCAUCGGUCAGAAGUGAUCCAUAGAUUUGUCCUCGAUGGUCAAAUGCGGCCAACGAGAGUUGUGUCCGUGAAGAUCACGGCCCAUUAUCCACAGGCGGUCGCUUUCGGGCACACAGGAGCGCUAGGUCCUGAGAUCUGGAGUUUCGGUCGAGACGAUGGUGAUAUUCACGUCCUGGACGAGGGGGGCAAAAUCAUCAAAACAAAAUCCACAGGAGUCAUUAUGGGACAUGCGGCCGUCAACGUAAAUGAGGAUGUCUUCAUCAUGGACGACGUGGUGCAAGGAGUGGCACUCUACAAAUUCUCAGAUACAGAAAGGAUAAAGACCUUCCCAGUUCCAGCAGGAGAGCGGCGGUCAAGAAACGUAUGCUUCUUGAGUGACGCAAGCAUCAUCAUCACAGGAAGUCACCAUGGUAGGCUCUAUGCCUUCGAGAGACGUACGGGGGACAUCUAUGAUGUAAUUUACAUCGGUGUAGAGGACUGGAUUCAAAGUGUAACGGUAAGCGAUAGCUUUGAAAACGGUCUACCGAUGUUGACUAUCAAAGCCAGACCGUGGACAUAG